UUGACGUGCCAGCCGUAGAAUGCGCCAAUCGGACAGGCAAUUCCGACUGCCCUACACAGUUUGGUGCGAGGCUUUUCCAACGUGGAACCUGAGCGGUCCCUUCAUUUUCCCGUCGGUCAACAAUCCUUGCGCCCGCAACGGCCGACAUCUGCAACCCUUGGAGCCUUGGUGGUGACGGCUGUGACAAUGGCAGAACAAUAAACCCCGUCCUGAAUGCUAGCGUUGGCAGAUCCAGGGUAGCCUCACGAAGCUACUCGUAGGGUAGAUAAUCUCUUACCAUCUUGAGAUUUGCCCCGGGAAUCUGACUCUGCUGAAAUACUCUACGCAUUCCUGUCCACUCUGACUUACUCGACGCUUACUCAACUCACCAGAUCUCACAGCCUUGGACCUGAUUUCAAGAUAUAAAGACAUUGAGCGCCGUCACAUUCUUGAAUGACGUCGCUGUACAACACAGACAUCAACAUGGACUUUGGCUUUGCUAGCUCACCGUCGCAAUCGCCGAAUCAAUCAAUUUUUACAGCCGGACAGUAUUUCGAUAGUACCUCUGAGGGCUCUAGUCCCAACUCGCCACUCCAAAUGAGUCAGAUGAUGUUCAACUCUGCUUCUAUGCAGUAUGACAUGUUUCAGUACCCAGCAUCAUCGAAUUACUAUUCGACCACACAAACAACUCAAAUGCCUGUUGAUUACAGCAACUCAGAUUCCCUGGACCAGAACGAGCGACGGCGAAGACGCAGAGGAAGUACGUCGGCUCCGGCGAAGGAAAAGGACACCAUUCCAAACAUGCACUUGAGAAGACGUGCUCAAAAUCGAGCAUCCCAAAGAGCGUUCAGAGAACGCAAGGAGAAGCACGUCAAAGGUCUAGAACAACAGCUGGAAGAUCUCCAUGAGAAGCACCAAGAUCUACUCCAGUCGUAUACCCGGCAAGCCGACGAAGUGAGCCGCCUGACUGGCCGCAUCUCGCAGCUGAACGCCGAGCUCAACACACUCCGCUCGUGUCAGGAUCAGUCCUUCAGCGACAUGUUGAUGCCCGACAAAUUCGACAAGUUCGACGCGUUUUCAUCAACAGACAUUCUUUACAACGGCACAGACUCGUACGUUGACAAGAAUGCCGCAGAUGUCAAUUCCGAGUUUGCAUUGCACUCCUUCGAAGAUUCAUUGUAAAACACUACGCGAUUCAUUCGAAACUGGAACUUUUGAUUGGGAAGUUUUUGACUUUGAUCUUUGGCGUUUUAUCAGAAAGGCGGCGAGAUACCAACCUUCACAGGUAUGAUUGUGAUGUUAUGAUUAUGCACUUUUAGCGAAGGAGGGAUGAGCUGCAUCGAGUGUGUGGGAGUGGUACCUUAUCCUUGAAAGUUCCCACGUUUGAUGAACAUGUGUGUGUGUGUGUGAUGUGCCAGGAUUUAUUGACCAGCAACAAUGUACUGCGUGCUGUUGUAUGUUUGAAAGGUUUCAUGACUGUGAUGAUGAGUUGUCGGCCUAUGCAGAAUGAAAAGCCAUGGAUCUGGCCGAGCACUGGAAGGCAAAAAUAACUGAGACAAGGGGCUCAGCAGAGAUACUCGCUAUCUAGGUAGAUCUCACCAAGUCCUGCCUACGAAAAGAGAGCAUUCGUACUUAAGCAAUCAUGAAAUUGUACUACAAGAUUAUCAGACUGCCGGAGUCUGUCUCAACUCCGUGGAAUCGU